CCUCCGUUACUGCGAUAUGGGAAGAGAAAUCGCAACGAAAACCCUCCGUUUUGGGAGAAAUCAGAAUCAAAAUAAUCGUUUGUCGAGAAUCAGAAGAAUAAUAAGGAAGAGAUGUCGACGGUAUACGUUUUGGAACCGCCGACGAAGGGGAAGGUGGUUGUCAACACAACGCGGGGCCCACUCGACAUCGAGCUAUGGCCGAAGGAAGCACCCAAAGCUGUCAGGAACUUCGUUCAGCUCUGCAUGGAAGGUUACUACGACAACACCAUCUUCCAUCGCGUCAUCAAGGACUUUCUUGUUCAGGGUGGUGAUCCCACCGGCACCGGCACUGGAGGUGAGAGUAUUUAUGGGGAUGUUUUUGCCGAUGAGUUUCAUUCGCGUCUGAAAUUCAAGCACAGAGGAUUGGUUGCAAUGGCCAAUGCUGGGCCACCUAAUUCAAAUGGGAGUCAGUUUUUCAUUACCCUUGACCGUUGUGACUGGCUUGAUCGGAAGCAUACUAUUUUUGGAAAGGUAACAGGAGAUACAAUGUAUAAUCUUUUAAGGCUGGGUGAAGUUGAAACUGACAAAAACGACCGGCCUUUAGAUCCACCUCCAAAGAUAUUAUCAGUUGAGGUAUUAUGGAACCCAUUUGAAGAUAUUGUGCCAAGAAAUCUUCAGACUAAAGCUACACCUGUUACAGAAAAUAAAGGUUUGAAGACAAAGGGUGUGAAAAAAUUGAACUUGCUUUCGUUUGGGGAAGAAGCUGAAGAAGAAGAAAAGGAAUUGGCAUUGGUGAAGCAAAAGAUUAAGAGCAGUCAUGAUGUCUUGAAUGAUCCUCGUCUUUUGAAGGAAGAAACUCCCAACAAUGAAAUGAGUAAAGCAACAAGGGAUUUGCAGUUAACUGUAAGAGAUGCACUAAAAACCAAGAAGGAAGAGCCUCAGAAAGAGUUAGAAACUAGUAAAAUUGAUUCCAGUGAUGAUGACGAUGACGACGAAGACGAUGGCAAUGAAGCAGAUUUUGAUGCAAGAAUGCGCAGGCGAAUACUGAAAAAGCGGAAGGAGUUGGGUGACCUUCCUCCCAAGCCAAAGGUGCAAAAUGGAAGAUCCAGUCCAGAGCGCCGGGAUAUUUCAGCAGCCAGGUCAAAUGCUUCACGGGUGGUUGAUGAUGAUGAUGAUGAUGAUGAUGAUAAACCGAGGGCGGAAAAGUUGUCCUUGAAGAAGAAGGGAAUAGGGUCUGAAGCAAGAGCUGAACGUAUUGCUAAUGCUGAUGCAGAUUUGCAGCUACUGAAUGAAGCUGAGAGAGGAAGACAGUUGCAGAAACAGAAGAGACGCAGAUUACAAGGGCGUGAAGAUGAUGUUCUUGCCAAACUCGAGAAAUUCAAAAAUUCCUUAUCAGCAAAGUCGGCACCCAAAGCCAGUGAAUCUAGUGAUGUUGUUGAUGACAAAGAACUGUCUGACUGGAAAAGUGUUGGCUUAAAAUUUGCCCCGGAGUCUGGCAAGGAUCGCAUGUCUCGCAACGAAGCAAACAAAAGAGACGAGAACGCGAGUGGGCUGGGAGAUCCCUCACGUGAUUCUGUAUGUGUGCCAACUAAGCCAUUUAAAUACACAAAGCUGACUGGUUUGGGAGACACAGGACACUUCCCGGCACCGGCGGAACACAAUGUAUAUCAAGCUUGCCAAACUUAGGAGAUAGUUGUCGCACCGAGUUGAGUGGACAUGGUAGGUGUGGACACUCUAAUAGUGGUGAGUGGUGACCGAGAUGUUGCUUUACUGAGAAAGGCUCAAUCUAUAUCUUUAUGCUGCAAUCAUAGCUACGUUCAACUCCAAAUGGUGAAAAAUUUCAUGAACUCUACGUGUCCCUAUGAAAGCACCUAGUUUGAGUUUAUUGUAAUUUUUUUGUCCAAUAUCAAAAAAUGUUCUCUAGUUUUUUUAAGAUAUAUAUAGUUUAUAUGUUUUGAUAUUGGAUGUUGUAAUCAUCGGACUAAUUAAUUUAGGAGUAAGGUUUUUCUUGGACAUAAAACAGAAAAUUUAUUAAGCUUCUAACUUGCCUGAAAUGUGGCGAAAAUUCUGGGUUUUGAUGGUUACUAUCUAAGCAAGCUAGAAGGGUACA